AUGCAGUCUGCCGUCGUGCAUUCGGUGGAACAACACGGCACAGUUCAAAAAUUUAUAUUUUCGCCUGUUACCAGUUGGACUUGUAUCUCUCGAGCUUUGUGGAUUCUACGGGCUAUGUGGAUCGAAGUUCGGCGAGCAUGUGAAGCAGUACAGAACUUUACUGAUGUUGAGGAUGCUGCGGCUUGUAGCGAAUUGAUUAAGGAGGUGGAGAAGUUCAAGUGGAGGAUUCAGAAUAUAUUGAAAAAUCAAGGAAAAUCUCCAACUGAUCGUGUCAAACUUAAAGCAAACACGGAAAUUCCAAUUGAUGGCGUCAAAGUGAUGUUGGAUCAGCCACUAUGCGAUGAAGCGAUCAUUAUCAGUGAUAUUUUCAAUCUCCACGAAAUGGAAGCGCUUGAACUAGUGCUUUCCGGGGAAAGUCAGAAAAUCCAUUUUGAUUGCUUGAAUCGUGGUCUAAUUGCUGUUGUAUGCUACUAUGAUGUACAUCGUCUUCUCGCUGUUCUUCUGAGAACAAUGCUCGAAUGGGACAAGGAAUCAAUGCAUGAGAGUCUUCGUGUGUUUAUUGAACAGAAUUUUGUGCAGCGUACGAUGUUCCAACAUUUGCUACAACUACAAGCGACUUUUAACGUUAUUACUGAGUUCCACAUGCUGUCACAACCGCAUGUGAAUGGUCUUGGCGGGCCUCGGCAUCAGAAUUUGCUCCGCAAUGUGAUAGAGGAAAUCCGUGAAAAUAGCGCAGAAGCACUCUAUUCACUUUGUGAGUGGGGAGCUGAACAUUCGAAUGAAUUCUUGGCCGAUAUCUACCCUAUCCUCAAGGUUGUGCCUUUGGCAGAAAAGUUUUCUGCCCAUCACCUGUCCGCCUGGAUUUGCCUCGUGAAACUCACUUCAAGCAGUGUGUUGUCACAAACAAACACUGCUGCAGCUGUGCUUUCAAAUCUCGUAAAGGAGAUCCGAAACGAGACCGUAUGGAGUGAUCAAUCGGUAUGCGGCACUGUCCAGCUCGCCUGUGCAAUAGCUCUGCGAGCUCUAGCUGUGAGCCCAGCAGAUCACUUAAACAUAACAAACGUUGAAGUGGACGUUGAUAAGGUUGUGGAUCGAGCCAUCAAGAACUUAGCUAUGAUAUUCAUUCGUCAUGGUGUGAUCGGAUCUGAUUCUUUCAAGCUGUGUAGUACUCAUGUACGCGUAGUGGAUACUAUGUUAAAACAGCUGAUUGCAUUAUUUCCCGCGAAGUUAAUGGAAAUUGAACGAAAUUCUGAAGAUGAACUUACUUGGGUGGACGAAAUGGCGGAAAAAGGGCAGCAGGCUACUCCCGCUCUACACUAUGAGAGUUUUCUUCGAUGUAUCUCGGAUCUUUAUCAAAUUGCUGAUGAUCCGAAAACGAGUGGUGCUGUGAAAUUGUGCAUAACAGAACUCAGCUUAGGAUAUAGUAGCUCUGGUUCUAUGGAACUUUGUCGAUUCAUGGAACGCGCACGAAUCUCACAUCAUGUCGUCCAUGCUGUUGCAUAUCUGGACAUGCUUUGUGCAGUUUGUCGUACACGACAAGUUGCAGCCUUCAUUUUUGACGUAUUUGCAAGAGUAUCGGCACAUGAUGAUGUACAUGUGGGGUGGGACCAUGUAAUGUCUGCUCUAAGAUCAUACGAAAGGCUUUUCCGAGAAAGAGCUGGCUCAACAUCCAUGAUAGGACAUUCUCUUUCCGCGCAGCAACAACCAAAAGCCGUGAUUCCACCCAGAGAACUGAUAGGUUUGAUUAGCUGGAUCACUUUGGCGAGGACCGUUGUGGAUUUGGAUGACGAUGCAGCUGAGGUGUUUCUGGAAGAACGCCAAUGGGCUGUGUUAGACGCAACGUUAGGAAUAGUAUCAGCGCCUGUUCCUCUUCCGUUAAAAGGGGCACUUCUUCGACUAGUAGCUGCUUUAGCAAAGAGGGAGGCAUCUGCGCUUAGGAUCUGGAAUGCGUUGAAUGCGCAUGCCCUCUGUACCUUCGCAGAGAAUGGGGCUUUGCUCGGAUUGCAGAGAGAACUGGAUGAGCGAGAAUGUAGUGAAGAGAUUUUCGAUACUUCUCUGGGAUUUGUUUACCUCUUAAGAUCUCUUCUGUCGCACUCACACAUUGUGAUUCCUGAAUUUGCUGCACCCUAUCUACAGUAUCUUACAAAGUCGAUAGUGUCACAAAUGGGCUCACGAUCCUACAAGAAUAUCGCUCAAUUUCCUGCAUUAGCCGGUAUAUUUGGAUCUAAAGUGUCCUAA